UGCGCAGCGGCAAGACGCCGGCACCAGCACCGGCACCGGGGAACAGCGGCCACAGCACCUGGGGCGGACGAAUUCAGCGUGGAGGCAAGAGACAGGCCGCCUAGUAGGAGAUCGGACCCUCGGAGAGGUUGGCGGGCGCUGCCCAGGGACGCUGCCGGUCCGACUGGCACGGGUGCGGACUCGGCGCUGGGCAAGGAAUGGGCCGUGUGUGUCUCACCGCCGGACCAGGGCAUGGUUCCGAGCCUGAGUGUGGCGCGUAACUGGACGGCGGGACGCCCCGUGAAUCCGUGGUUGAUCUUUGUCUUCGUUGGCGCGUAGAUCUCAGUGAGUGUGGAUAGCCACCGCGGACUAGGGGAAAUGAAGCAGAUGGGAAGAGAUCUUUCCAGAAAGGCACAUUCUUCUGCUGUGUCGUGUCUGAGGUCAUGGGUGAUGGGACUUGCCCAUACAGAGGAGUUCCUCCACUGCCAACCAUCCCCUCCUGGAAGCCCGGGGUUUGGUGUGUAUGAGGCUCCCAGGAGCCCCUGCUGUAGCUGUCUGCCCUGAAAAAUGCUGGAGGCUGGGCAAGGCCAGAGGCCGGGGAACCAGUUUAUCCUGUUUGCCAGAAGAGCUCCCUGCGGCAGAUCCAGGCCUGUGCAUUCAUGAGUGAGGAACCUGAGCAGCCUCUGAGCAUCCUGAAGGGUGAUGGAGGUGGGCCUGGACCUCUGGAAUGACACCAUCAAUAGCACCUGGGAUGGGGAUGAGCUGGGCUACAGGUGCCGCUUCAACGAGGACUUCAAAUACGUGCUGCUGCCUGUGUCCUACGGCGUAGUGUGCGUGCUCGGGCUAUGUCUGAACGUCGUGGCGCUGUACAUCUUCUUGUGCCGCCUCAAGACCUGGAACGCCUCCACCACGUACAUGUUCCACCUGGCUGUGUCCGACGCUCUGUACGCGGCUUCCCUACCGCUGCUGGUUUAUUACUACGCCCGCGGCGAUCACUGGCCCUUCAGCACGGUGCUCUGCAAGCUGGUGCGCUUUCUCUUCUACACCAACCUCUACUGCAGCAUCCUCUUCCUCACCUGCAUCAGCAUUCACCGGUGCUUGGGGGUCCUGCGCCCUCUACGCUCCCUGCGCUGGGGCCGGGCCCGCUACGCCCGCCGGGUGGCAGCGCUGGUGUGGGUGUUGGUGCUGGCCUGCCAGGCACCCGUGCUCUACUUUGUCACCACCAGCGCACGUGGGAGCCGCAUCACCUGCCAUGACACCUCGGCCCCUGAGCUCUUUAGCCACUUUGUGGCCUACAGCUCCGUCAUGCUAGGUGUGCUCUUCGCCGUGCCCUUUGCCACCAUCCUGGUCUGUUACGUGCUCAUGGCACGGCGGCUGCUUCAACCAGCUUAUGGGAGCACAGGAGGCCUGCCGCGGGCCAAGCGCAAGUCGGUGCGCACCAUUGCCCUGGUGCUGGCUGUCUUCGCCCUCUGCUUCCUGCCUUUCCACGUCACCCGCACCCUCUACUACUCCUUCCGCUCGCUUGACCUCAGCUGCCACACCCUCAAUGCCAUCAACAUGGCAUAUAAGAUUACCCGGCCGCUGGCCAGCGCCAACAGCUGCCUUGACCCUGUGCUCUACUUCCUGGCCGGGCAGAGGCUUGUCCGCUUUGCCCGAGAUGCGAAGCCACCCACAGACCCCAACCCUACCACCCGGGCUCGGCGCAGGCUGGGCCUGCACAGGUCUGGCAGAACUGAGGCCAAGAGGACAGAUUUGUCAGCCAGCAGUGAGGACUCCAGGCGGACAGAGUCCACACCAGCUGGGAACGAGAACACUAAGGACAUCCGGCUCUAGGACCUGACCCCUGAGGCCUGUGCAAGUUUAUAUGGGGGGAGCUGUAAGGGACCAGGGCUUGUUCAAAUGGGACAGUGUACCCAGAAAUUGACCAUCUGUGACUGUCACUUGGCAGGGCCUCAGGAUACUUUCCUUACGGUCCAGACAGUCAACUGCCAUCAUUUGUAUGUGUGUUAGGUAAUAAGAUUUCAAAACAGACACAUGUUUAGGGCCAGUGCCACCUGACUCCCAUGCAGAUAGCUGGCUGAUCCUGUCAAGGUAUCUAGACUGGAAUCCAGCCUGAUCAAAUCAAAUGGAGAAGGCCCUGAGAGGAAGGAGAUGUACCAGGGUCAAACAGCAGUCUAGACCUGAGCUAGCUACAGUGGAGCAGAGUCACAGGUUAAUCAGAGGGCCCUGGUGAGUAGUCAGGGUCGAUCUCCCACAGCAGUCUUGGGUGGGACUAGGUGCUUAGUGGACUCAGCUUAGAGGAGUACUCCUAGCCCGAGAGAUGAACAUUUGGGAACUGAUGUGAUAAACCCAUCUGGAGGCUCCCAGCCUACAGCCUACAGUUAGAGGCUGUAACUGAAACUAAAGAUUAUGCUGCUUGUUGAGCUGUGCUCUGUAGUUUGGUCAGAGGAUGGGGAUGCUGCCUGGGAGGGUUUCAACACCCCUUAAAAGCCUUUCUCCAGCCUGUUCUCUUCUGCCAUCUGCCUCCCACUGGCUGCUUCAGGGGAGUUUCACAGCAGGGAUCCCUCUGUAGGCCUCAGGUGCUCUCCCACUUUAAAGCCAGUUGGUUUCUGUGCUAAGAGUCAGGUGGGGUUCCAGUCCUUGGAGUUCCCCAAUUUAGGUAACAACCAGUCAUAUGCUGGUUAUUGUUAAACCUUUUAAGUGGAUCUCUGGCAGCAGGGAACCCCUUAUUUGUAGCAUUGCCAAUGAUACAAAUAUUCCUACCAUGCACAAUUUCAAAUUACCAAAGCAAUGGGAACCUCUUUGCAAAAUUCCUGAAAAUUUGACUGUUGACAGGUACAAGUUGCUCCAGCAUGUCUUGGGAUGAUGCUGAGUGGUUGGGGCUGUGGGCCAGCAGGUCAGGGAAUGCUGGAGUGGUGGGUGCUCCUGAGCUGUGGCUUCUGAGAAAGCAGUUCACUGAAACAUCCAGGUACCAGACACAUCCUAAGCAAAGAUGUGCAGGUAGAGGGUGGGUGUGCAGGGACCAUAGCAGGUUGGCAGGUGGCACUCAGGCUCAAGAGAGAGAUAAGGCCAGGGGCCAGAUCACAAGGAGGCUGAGCCAGUCUUCCUUCUUUUUCCGACCACGAAGCUUCCUUUACACUGGCUAAGUGAGAGAGAGAGUCACGUCUCUUCCCAUGUAGGCCUUGGCCUUCUGGGAAAAUCCCAGCUACAGCUGAUGGUUGGUGUUCAAGCUGGGUUAACAUAGGGGGUGGGUCUCACUUGUGACGAGUGUUGGGUCCACUCUGAGCUGAUUUAUGGAGCUCAACUAGACAGGGCCAGGGCCAGGGAAGAACAACAGGCUUCACUCUUGACCUCCAGGACAGGAGCUCAGUUGUCUCCCUCUAGGAGAACCCUUGCCCUGUGAGCCCAUUCUGCCCAAGAGAAGGGCCCUUUUUCUCACCCCACCUCUACCACCCUUUCCACUCUGCUUUGUCAAAGGCAGGGCAUCCCCAGGGGUUGCUCUGUUUAUGUUUGUUGUUUUGAGAGUCUCGCUACAUUGCCCAGGCUGACCUCAAACUCCUGGACUCAAGUGAUCCUCCUGCCUCAGCUUUUGGAGUAGCUGGUACCAUAGGCAUGGGGUUGUUUUACUUAGAGCCCCAUUCGACACCUCCCUCAGGUGACAGGGACUGGUUACAGGCCAUGACCCAAGUGAUUACUUUGCAUUGUGCAAUUCUGGGUGACCUGCCCAGAAGAGUGUGAGAUGUUCACCUGCCACAUUCUAGGUUCUAUAUUUUUGUUAAUGUAGCCAGAGCUUCUUGGAGCUUUUUUGGUUACCACCUCACACAGACCGUCCUGGGUCUUUUUGGUAGGCCAGAGCCUAUCUUUUCCUACUCACUGCUGUGCAGGCUGAACCCCAUCAGUGUUUAUAUGGAGUCCCUCCGAGGCGAGAAGCUCUGAUGGCCAAGAGUGUGAAGGCUGACUCUGACCCUCACCCCUCCUGAGACCUAGAGAUGGGGAGUUGCACAUCAUGACUUUGGGACACUUUACUGUGCAUCUGUGGUUGGCUGCCAGGGCCCUGGAUUCUCCUAGUCCCCAUUCCUCUCAUGUCCUGCCCACCCACCCCUCCUGCAGCUUCCCUAGAGACCCUGAGAGCCCAGUGCCCCAAGUGGAGGCAGGCAACGCUGUGGUUUGGCCCUAGGAAGCUUUCCUUGAACAAUUGCUUGCAGAUUUCUAAGGGUCUAGGACUGGAGGGAUAGGUGGCUCACCCACCAUCUAUUCCUGUGGCAGGCAUGAGUGGGAUGAGAAAUGGAGCCCCUAGGGGACCCAAGGACAGGACCCAGGGUCGCAUCUCCAGACCCCAACCAGACUGUCUGGCCCUCUAUAUGGACAUCUGGCCUUGCUGCUCAGUGCCCAGUCCACACGCCUGGUGGCUGAGGUUCCUCUGAUUCCUGUGCUAUUUUCAGCCCAAGUAAGACCAAGAUUUUCCACUCCUGGCCCCAGACCAUUGUCCAACAGUGACGUGGGGUGACCUGCCUAUCCUUAAAAUAUCUCCCCUAACCUCUGGACCUCCCUGCCCUUUCCCUUUCUCCCCACCCUGACAUCACUUCCUAGGGCUGUUGACUACUAAAGGACACUGUGAAAGGCCACAUGAGUCGCCCAGCCAGCUAACAGGACCCCAGGGAUUUUCCAGCCUAGCCACAGGCCUCAAGGCCAGAAAGGGGCGGGGCCUUGUCCAAGGUCACUGAGCAGGUCAGCGUGGCGCCUGGAUGUGGGCCAGAGGCUCAGACUGCUCCUGCGGCUGUGCCACCCAGUCUGGAGCAGAUCAGUGCCUGUGUAGGAAUCCUGUGUCACCCACACUGCACAGCUCUUUCCCAGAGCCAAGGGGCAGAGGCCAGGGACAUAGGCAGGGGGCCGGAAGGAGUGAGGUGAGAGUCAGGCUUGCUGGCCUCUCUGCAGCUGCUUUUUCAGUGACCUCUGUGUGACAGUGCAUGGCCCCUGGCACAUGGGAGUCUCUCCCCUGGGUGGCAGGCAUCCCCUAACUCAGGGGGAUCCACAGGACAGUCCCACCUCCAAGAUUAAAAAAGACCCUCGAUGACAUGCUCCCCACACAUGGCUGUUCCAGUCUAGUUCCCGGUCAAGCCACCAAAGCUGCCUUUCUGUCCACAUCAUCUUGGCAGAUUUGGGCUGGUCUGUUUCACAUCAGGCACACGGGGGAUGGGGUGGGGCUGGGGACUCAGGUAUUGACCCAUGUCCCAAGCACCAUGCAAGACUUUCCCAGGCAUCAUGUUGUUUAUCCUCCAUGCCCACCCCGAGCAGUGGAUAUUAGCCUCUGCAUUUAGCAGUGAGGACAGAGGAGAGGGGAGCCAAGGGCUUGCUCCAGAUGACACACACAGCAGGUGAGACCAGGGCCCCCUGAUGCUCCCAUGAUUCCCUUCCCAGUGUCCCACACCACUCAACCUCUGCAGGGCAGGAGGGUCUGGAUGCCACCCUUGGCAUGACUCAGAACCAGGAAGCCCGUCCAGCAGGGAUGGGGUUAGGAGCCCAGAUUCUGCACCAAGACCCACCUAGGUUGCAAUGUCACCUUCCAUUUUCCAACCAUGGCACCUUGGGUGAGUUAAUCCUGUAGUGCCUCGAUUUCCUUAUUUAAAUGAGAUGCUACCUUCCUUGUAGGGCUUUAGGAAGCUCACCUGAGUGACCCACGAAGCGCUUAGUGCAGUGCCUGGCAUGUGGUAUUUCCACACCUGACGCUGAACUAGGGGCCAUGGAGGCAAGUGGGGGUGGGACGGUGGGGGGGCUACCUUCCCCAGGUUGAUGUAAUUUAAUAAAUACACACACUGAGAUAAA